AUGGCUUCCCCUUUCACAAUCAACGCAACUAUUAACAGUUUUGGCGGUCAAUUCCUGAAGCUGACUCACCAGUCCGCCGUCACAGCCACCUCCAUGAAUCUAACGCUUUACCUCCCUCCCUCCGCUGCCGCUUCUAAGCCCGCUCCCCUUCUCAUCUACCUAUCCGGUCUGACCUGUUCACCCGACAACGUCACCGAAAAGGGCUUCCUCCACUGCCACGCCUCUUCCCUCGGUCUCGCCCUCCUCUACCCUGAUACUUCUCCUCGCGGCCUUGACCUCCCUGGAGAGCACGAAUCGUGGGACUUUGGCAGUGCAGCAAGCUUCUAUAUCGAUGCUACUGCUAAGCCAUGGAACAAAAAUUACAAGAUGGAGUCGUACCUAACUAAUGAGCUACCUGACCUACUGUUUGGUGCCUUUAAAGAGCUCGACUCUUCGCGAGUCUCCAUUGCCGGUCACUCCAUGGGCGGUCAUGGUGCUUUGACACUGUACCUUAAGAACCCCGGCAAGUACAAGAGCGUCAGCGCCUUUGCGCCUAUUGCCAACCCUGUCAACUGUACCUGGGGCCAGAAAGCUUUCUCUGGCUAUCUGGGCGAUAAUAAAGAAGAAUGGAAAAAACAUGAUGCUUCCGAGCUGCUUCGGGGAUGGAAGGGUCCUCUGAAUGCGCUCAUUGAUGUUGGUACUGAAGACAACUUCUACAAACAGGGCCAACUCCUCCCUGAAAACUUUGAGAAAGUAGCAAAAGAGAUUGGUGCGAGCGGCCUCCAAGUCAAUUACCGAGAAGGCUACAACCAUUCUUACUUCUUCAUAUCCACAUUCGCGGGCGAUCACGUCCAGCAUGCUGCCAAGGCCCUGGGCCUCCUUUGA